CGUGACCCGACGUGCGGCGGUUCAGUGUCAAUCGUCCUUAAUUUUCCCGUUUUAAUUCGCCGUUCCACGCCCACGAAAAUGCGCGCUACCUCGUCGUGCAUACAGUCGAUGCGGCUCCGUGACGCGGUGUACUUCGACGAACCCGAGUGUUCCUUCGUCGGCGCGAUCCUGUCGCGGAUGUUUCAACGGUCGUCGAGAAUCGCCGUGUACGGUGACACGCGACCGAGCGUGUCGAGAACGCGUGCAUCCUGUUCUUUUCCUCGUGGAUAAUUGGCUCGACAGGUAAAAAAAAGAAACGACCCAGUGAACAUGAAUUUUCAACGUGUGCCCCCGUUGGGUGGCUCUCGUGUCUCGUGAAAGUGGUCCCCCAAGUUCCUGUGCCCGAUUUUUGCGCCAGCAAGAACGGUCCGCCUCCUCCGAGAGGAAGUGUCAAUUGACGGUUUAACGCGCGUUGUUAACAGAUCGAACUUGGUGUUAAAAACAUUCUUUUUUUCGAGUGAAUAGUCGAAGUGAGAAUCACUGGCGAGCAACAAGUGGUCUUCCAGCGGACGAGGGAUGGGUAAAGCUCGCAGUCAGCUUUGAACCACGCUCCACCAACGUGUGUGCUCGCGCCGUGUGCGGAAAAAAAAGGCAAUCGACAGUCAAGGUCGAAGCAUCAAAGGUAGCAAUUAGACGUUCUGACGUUGGAACGAGCAUUGGUAACCCAGCGAACCGUGAACCCACCACCGGCAAACACGAGGAGCCACGAGAAAUGUUACUUUCGUUUUUCGCGGGGAAAUCGUGUCUGUCCGAGCAAGGAUUGCAGGAAUUACAGGAAAAGUGUUGCAAAACCGAGAAUGCAGUCCGGUGGAACGAACGAGCUAACGCGAAAAUUUGAACAAAGUCAUCGGCAACGAUUAUUAAACUAUGAACAACGAUAAAAACGGGCCAUUGUCGUUUAACACGGUUCACGCCUCUUUAGACGCUCAUAAUUAAUUGGUUGAACAUUGUAGGUCGAGCAAAAAGCUACCGAUGUGAAAUUUCCUCCGAAAAAGAGGAGAACGGAACGUGCAGCAGUCAAUAAACCCAAAGAAUCGAGUGUAUUUUGAACUCGGAUGAGCAAGAACGCGAGUUUAACGGUUACCACAGCUGAUAGCGUCAUUAUUACGAUAUUCAACGGUGAAAACUUGUCUUUAUUUACGAAGAGGAAACAUCGUGAGUCAGAAAGUACACUCGCAGGCAGUUUAUAGCCAGCCGUCUAGUUGGUUCACGACUGUGCAGCUCCACAACGAACGGAACCUACCGCAUAUCUUCUUAUCGGCAAUAAAUAUCAUUGUUCGGCAAGGAAAUUCGAGAAUAUCGUCGUCAUCUUUAUGAUUGACAAGUCAUCGGAAACAUGGAGGCAGAAGAGGCUAUACCGGCGACACCCUGGUACACCAAGUUCUUCGAAUACUGGAGAAACAGGAACCGAGUGGGUCCAGGCAAGGUAGAGCUUCCCGACUGCGACUUCUUCAUCGUGGGCCCACGAAGAACCUUGAGGAUCUUGAAGCCCACCCUGAAGAGCGGUUGGUACUACGAGAACACCAGUGACCGGCCUGAAUCCAUCGUAGACAAUUUCUUCACUCGGUGGUCGAGACGACCUCAUUCUUCGGGAAACUGUAGAUGCUCUUUCCGGCAGUCGAGGCGAUUGAGCACCGCGGAAGAGCAAAUCAUCUCCGCGGAACUAAACAGAAUCAGAACGAGCCUGUGCGAAGCUGAGAAGAGCGAGCAUGGUAUAGAAGAACUCGAGCAAAGAGUCUCGGUGAAUUUGCAGAAACUGCAGGUUCCUGAAAACGAGCCAGCUAAGACGGAGGAGAAGGAUGCUUCAGCAACGAACGACAAUGAUGGCGUCGAUAAGAAAGAUCAGCAAGCGAGCGAGCAGAAGAUCAAGAACAAAAUCGUGAAGGAUCUGGAGAAGUAUAUCAACGUGCUGCUCGAAGAGAUCUUGGACGACACGGUGAGGUACAUAGCCGGCGCGGAGGACACUCUUAUCAAAGAUCCAAGGGUUGGUAAUAAGGAAAACGGCUCGGAACGAUCGAGCAUGGAUAAAGAAACGUCGAAUGAAAGGAAAUCAGAGGACGAUGAACCGUUCAAAGACAUCAGUUUCUCUUUCCACCCUGAGAAGCAGGAGACGGAGUCGAAGGAGAACGAAGGCUACGUGAAUCGUGGCUUCAUAGGUUCUGCCAACGAUCCAGAUUCGUUGGAUUUUUAUUUGAGGCCGGAAGUCACCUUAGAACAAUUGGACUGCGUCGAUUCGGGGAUCAACAGCGUGGAGACGAUCGAGUUCCAGCCGGACCAGGAGCCUAGCCUGGAGCAAUCGUUGCUGAGGAUUAUCGACGAGAAACUGGGCAGAACGCCACUGUUGCUGAGAAACAGUUGGGAGGAUCUGAGCGGCACAGGUGGCCAGGAGAACGAUCCUCGAGGUCAGCCGACAAAGAGAGCGGACGGGACGAUGAUUCCGAGAAGCGGCGAGCAGCUGACCAACGAGGGAUCGGAGGUCACCGGGAAGAAUGAUGCGGAAAGGAGCAAGCCGCAGGAUUCGAGCGUUCGAGCAGUCCAACAAGGAAUCGAUAUCUCGACGGAUAAUCUCGAGAGCGCGGACCAGCAGCCCGCGAAGCAGCUAGAGGAAACUGUUAACGAGGCCAGUUUCGAGAAGCUGCGCUUGGAAUUCAAGGACAACGAGUCGUCCUUCAGGCCUAAGAAGAGCAACGCGAUGGCCAAGUUGAAGGAAAAGCUCUGUGUGAACCCUGUCGAGUCCGACGAGUCCUUGGAGAACUCCAGCUGGAACGAGAAAAUGGGAAGAUUCGAGCUGAGAACGGAGGCUGCUCCCAUCGAAUUGGAGGAUUACAGGAAAACGUGGCCAAAUAUCGAGGAUAUGGACCCUUCUAUGGGAGACGAACAGACUCCUUUAGAUUUGGUGACGUUUAGAAGAAACAGAAAACCCAUGAUCGUCUUCCUGCACGGUUUUGGGUCGUCCGCGGAUAUCUUUGAACAUCAGCUUCAGUACUUUUCCGCUCUGGGCUAUCCUUGCAUCGCUCCUGAAAUGCUGGGACACGGGAUGAGCUCAGCACCUAGUCGAUCCAGAGAUUAUCAUUUUAAUAAGCUUCUGAAGGAUUUGGAUACCAUCCUGUGCCACUACGCGUUCAGACCCGGUCAGAAGUGUGUUCUGGUUGCACAUAAUUAUGGAUGCAGUUUCGCAGCCGCGUUGGCUUGUAAAUACGACACCAGCAUCCAUCAGCUAGUCCUGAUAUCCGGAGGUGGCCCGACACCUUUAGCAGCACCUAGCACCGAAAGCGCUGGUCAUUGUUGCUUGAGAGCAAUUCUGGCGCCCUUUUUAAUGUGCGGCCUUCACAGAGAUAUAUUAUAUUCGGCGAGAGGACGUCAACACCCAUAUUGUGGACCCGAGCCACCAGAACAAUGGCCAUCGCACAUGAAACACGUUUUGGACGGCAUGGUCUGGCCGGAAGGGGAUUAUGUUUUCCAUAGAAGGAUAUGCACGCCGACUCUUCUCAUACAUGGCCUAAGGGACAACAAGGUGUCGCUCGUGCAGGAAUGCCAAAUGGAGAGGACUAUGUUGAAAGCUUUCCUCGAAGCUAUACCAACUGCCGGCCAUACACCAAUGACUGAUUGCCCGGAGCAAGUGAAUCACAUGAUACACUGUUUCAUAGAUUUAUGGAAGAACAAGAAGGUGGUUACGGUGAAAUGACUGGGUAUAUAUGUUCACUAGGAAAAAAUACGUUUUGCGGACCAUGUAUGUUAUUACUUGAUAAGAUUAUAUUUUAAAUCAAGUUCUUUGUACGGGUAUUUUACUCAUUGUACAUGACAAACGAAAUCACAGUGCCUUGUGCUUGAUUUGCCGCGGCGAAUUGAAUGCAUCGAGACAAAGAUUAGGAUGGAUUGUAUAUAAAUCUAAGAGUCUAACGGGUGAAAAUUCAUUUGUAUAGAAUAAUAUUUUUAUACAAUUGUAAUUAAGUAACCGAUCUGUUUUUUUGAACUAUUUUAUCUUUUAUACGAAUUUUUAUAUAGCGAAGACAAAUGAAUAUAGGAUACUGAAAUUUUGUAAAAUUCUACAAGUCUGUAUAGUAACUGUGCCAAAACGUGUACACGAUUGUUGAAGCGAUUCCGUUCGAAUUUACGCAGCCUUUAAUCAACGAUCAUCUUAUUCUUUUUGUAAAUGAAAGUGUAAAAUACAAUGUAGAGGCUAUGUAGUAGCGUAUAAGUUAUACCAAAGAUGAUUUUAUGCAAAUGUUAUUUUAUGUGUUCUACCCGGAGUAUAACUUAUUCGUUUACAAUAAAAUUGUGUACAGAUA